UAAAGAAUUUCAAAUAAAUAUUAUAAUAAUGAGUGGAUCGAUAGUUACUUUUGAAAAACCAAUAAAACAUCUAGGUCUUGCAGAUUGGCAUGCCCAUACAUGGGGUACCCAACAAACAGCUAAUACACGAAGAGCAGACACAUUUGAAUUGCGACAUCAAGCACGUCAAUUACGUAAUGAGACAAGAAUUAAAACCGAAUGGGAUACUUAUCAUAACGAUGUCCGACUUGCUGAUCGAAUAACCGAAUUAGGUCGAUGGAAAGAAACAUUAGAAGAGCAAUUAAAAAGGAUAGAAUCGGAUAUAAAAUCUCUAACUGAUGAAAAGGCUGCAACAGAAAGGGAAUUAGAUUUUUUAGACAUUCAUCUUUCCAUUAUUAAUGAAUGUAUUGCAGCAAGAGAUGCAAGAGGUGGUUCGGAAUUAACUUAUGAUGAUGCUGACACAGAAUUAAAAAAGGAAUUGUGUGUAGUUGAGGGUAUAAAACAAAUGCUAAUAGAUCGAUGCCAAAGUUGUUGGGAGAAAAUAAAUCGCCUUGAAGAAGUGAAAUUCAAAGUGCAAUUAGACAUUAACGACAAAAGCGAAGCUAUUGAAAUUGAUAAAGAUAUGUUAACAUUAGAUAAACAUUGCACAGGCAUUAGUUUUAAGCCUGAUCCAUUAGGUGUGCCAAGACGUUCUAUCUCUCAUCAAAAUUGGUUAGAGCAUUCUCGCUAUACGAAAUUGUUAGCAGAUAACGAAUUGGCUGAUACUGCACAAAUGCGUGAAGCAUUGUUCAUAGUACGAGAACGUGCGAGGAACAACUUAAAAGCACAACGUGAGACAGCUGAUUAUGCAUUACGGAAAAGGAUCUAUGAAAUUCAAAGGUCUAAAAAUGAAGUUCAAUGGCAAGGUCUGCAGAUGAAAGAGGAAAUGCAGAGUACAUUAGAUGAAAUAAUUGCACUGGAAGCUGCUUUUCAAGAUAAGACAGAUGCAAUUAAGCUAGCAGAAACACGUUUACAAUCGCGUGCGCAACGACCAGGAUACGAAGCUUCACGAGAUGAACCAGAAAUGGGUAUUCGUGAUGAAUUAACUCAGUUAUUGCAAACUCGAAAGGAUCUAGCCGAUAAAAUUGAUUGCGCAAAGGCAACGUACAAUGCUUUGGAAGAUUUACAAGUGAAAUUAAAUGAAGGCCUUGAAAAUAAAAAUCAUGCUUUAAUGACUGAUUUAAGAUGCUUAGAUUUACGCGCUCGUUUGAAAACAGAAGAAGGUACUAUUAAUACAGAAACACAAAGAAAUAUUGUUUUAACAAAAAUGGAAAAGGAAAUACCUCCUACAUAA